AUGUCCUCUGUCAGACCGGGUGUGACCAAGCGGGCUUGUGAUGGGUGCAAGAUUAGAAAGAUCCGCUGUGGCGGCGGUCAACCGUGUCGGUCCUGCACCAAGGCAGGAAUCAAGUGUACUUAUGUUCGGGUUCAACAAUGUCGAGGACCCCGGCGAUUGCGCUCCACGACCCAGCUUCUCAUUGAGAAAGCGCAAUCCGAUGCCCAAAGCCAUGCCUGCGAAGCGUCACACCCACCUAACGACCUGGAUGAGCAUACGAUGCCUUUGCGACAGAGCGCUGACCUGAAAUGUUCGCGCAUUCCUAUCGACGUCCUCACGUCUCCGCUUUCCAUUUACCACGUGCGCAUGUAUCCGGUUUGGCCCAUCGUCAACGUCGAAGAAAUUGUGUCCGCGCUUCAACAGGACGUCACUUACCAAGAGAAUGAGGCUUAUGCAUUGGCAACAGCGGUUGCGGCGGCAACGAUCGCCCAGCUUCGCUUAGAGCAAGUCUCCGGUGUAGGGGAAGCAAUAACGGCUGACAGGCUAGCAGCAGAGUGUCUGCGCUCUCGCGACCUGUGUGGUUACCGGUCCAGGGCUAGCCUAAAUAGUAUCCGGACGUCCUUUUUCCUACAUGUUUACUACGAGAAUCAAAAUUCCGGAGGGAGUGAAGCACUCCUAUAUUUGAGGGAGGCUAUUUCCCUAGCUCAAAUGAUGGGCCUCCACAGAGAGGCUUCGUACAAUAGCCUGUCAUUCGAGCUGCGUCAGCUGUGUCGCCGGGUCCUAUGGUUACUUUUCGUCACUGAACGAGGAGUGUGCAUUCUUCACAGGUUCCCAGUCGCCUUAAAAACAAACAUCUCACCACCGGAAAUAGACGAGCAUGACGAAUCCCAAGUUCUCCCCGCAUUCAUCAAACUCCUCAACCUGUUUCAGAUGUUCGAGAAAUCAGGGAUGUUCGAUAUCAUACAAGAUGAGCACUCGGACCCAGCUCGCGCUGGACAUGUCAACUGGCCCUUCUUGGAGCGUCUCCAGCAAAACCUGCAAGAUGGAUCCAUGGUGUUCGACCAUGUCUCGGACGUUCAAAAGGCGGACUUGUGUGUCACGCGGCACUGGAUGCGAAUGAUUCUAUGGAAGUUGUCCCCGAAUAAAUGCCUCGCAUCUUCUCCACCUGCCGAUGCGACCAUCUCCGUCGGCUUCCCAGUCAUGGUCGCAAAGGAACUGGUGGGGAUCGUGUCUCAAUUACCUCGAUCGGCAGUUGAGGCUCACGGCCUGGGCAUGGAGUUGAAAAUCUACGAGAUUGCCAAUUCCCUUGCGGACGCUAUUACUGAUCUCACUGGACUGCCACAUACUCCGGAAUGGCAAGGUGAUAAUCGUCCAAAUUAUAUAUUACAUCGUCUCCACUCGAUCUUAUCGACUUUCCGCGGUGGGGGGAACAAGAAACUCGUGGAUGUCCUUUAUAGAAAAAUGGCCGAGGCGCAGCUUCUCGUUGAGCCGGUUUUGCCCACACCACUUCGAAGUCGGACUAAAAGGCGACGGGUAUCUUCUCGAGAACGCGAAGCACGGGACAACGACCGCCAAGGGAGUGGAAUCCCCGAGCAUGAUCCUGUACUGUCUGUUUCUGAAGACCUAACCACAUAUCCCUUCGACAGGGAUGGAGCUUGCGAGCUGCCGUUGGGGAGCCAAUCCGGCGCUCAAUACUUGAACCCUAACGAACCAAGUCAGCCGACAUAUGAUGAACUGACUUCUGAUUUCCUGUUCGAUCCAAGUAGCGUAGCCAUUGCCUCGGAAAAUAUGGUGAUGGAUUCACCAUUUUUGGAUUCACCAUUUUUGUCAUCCUUUAUGCCGAUCAAUACAGUUGACGAAGACUUGUCCUCGCAGAUUCUCUGGUCGUCAACCCAAGACUUCAUAUUCCCCGGGGCUGACUUUACAACAUUUGCAACAAACAGCGAAUCCGUCGGUCUCCACUAA